GAAGUGCUUCCGGGUCAGAGGAAGGUUUGAACUGCUCCUCUCCAUUGUUGUAAUCAGGUCGAGGCUGUUAGCAUCAUCACUUUACUCACUUCAUUCUUUACUUUAUUCUUCUUUUUUACGGGAUUUACAGCAACAAGCUUUUCAUAGUGUCAUGAAAGAAAUGUCGAGCACCAUGCCUGGUGGGCAGCAGCCUCAGAAACACUAUGGCAUCACCUCUGCCAUUAGCCUUGCACCCCCACGAGAUAUAGACCACCAGUACACCACUAAGCUCUGUGAUGCUAUGAAACCUUUUGGGGUGUUUGAAGAUGAAGAGGAAUUGAACCAUAGACUUGCAGUUCUUGGGAAGUUGAAUAACUUUGUUAAAGAAUGGAUCGCAGAGAUCAGUGAAUUAAAGAACCUCCCACCAUCAGCUAUAAGCUGUGUUGGGGGCAAGAUAUUUACAUUUGGUUCGUACAGACUUGGAGUGCACACAAAAGGAGCUGAUAUUGAUGCCUUAUGUGUGGCUCCACGCCAUGUAGAAAGAAGUGACUUUUUCCAGUCUUUCUUUGAGAAAUUCAAACAGCACGAAGAGAUCAAAGACCUGAGGGCUGUCGAGGACGCCUUUGUACCAGUGAUAAAGUUCAAAUUUGACGGAAUAGAGAUUGACCUGCUUUUUGCCAGACUGGCCUUACAGUCCAUUCCAGACAACUUGGACCUGAGGGGAGACUCCAUCCUGAGGAACUUGGACAUUCGGUGUAUCCGCAGCCUCAACGGCUGUCGAGUGACUGACGAAAUACUGUACCUGGUGCCAAACAAAGAAAACUUCAGACUGACACUGAGAGCCAUCAAACUGUGGGCAAAACGUCGUGGGAUCUACUCCAACAUGCUGGGGUUUCUGGGUGGAGUGUCGUGGGCCAUGCUGGUGGCCAGGACCUGCCAGCUCUAUCCUAACGCUGUGGCUGCCACGCUGGUCCACAAGUUCUUCUUGGUGUUUUCCAAAUGGGAGUGGCCGAAUCCUGUGCUAUUGAAACAGCCUGAGGACAGUAAUCUGAAUUUGCCUGUGUGGGAUCCCAGAGUGAACCCCUCCGACAGAUACCACCUGAUGCCCAUCAUCACCCCCGCCUAUCCCCAGCAGAACUCCACGUACAAUGUCUCCACGUCAACGCGCACCAUCAUGAGCGAGGAGUUCAAAUACGGCCUCAGCGUCACAGAUGAGAUUCUUCAGGGAAAAGCAGAAUGGUCCAAACUCUUUGAGCCACCCAACUUCUUCCAGAAGUACAAGCAUUACAUCGUUCUCACUGCCAGUGCCUCCACAGAAGAAAACCACUUAGAAUGGAUCGGUCUGGUGGAGUCAAAGAUCCGCGUUCUGGUGGGAAACUUGGAGAGAAACGAGUACAUCACCCUGGCUCACGUCAACCCCCAGUCCUUCCCCGGGUCCAAAGAGAACCGCAACGAGAACGACUUUGUGUCCAUGUGGUUCAUCGGGAUCAUCUUCAAGAAAGUGGAGAGUCCAGAGAGCGUGAACAUUGACCUGACGUACGACAUCCAGUCCUUCACAGACACUGUGUACAGACAAGCCAACAACAUCAACAUGCUGAAGGAUGGGAUGAAGAUUGAAGCAACGCAUGUGAAGAAGAAACAGCUCCAUCAGUAUCUUCCUCCUGAACUGGUGCAGAAGAAGAAGAGGAGCAUAGCUGAGUUGAACCGUAACUCUAACGGGGGGAGCUCUAAGCGGAUCUCUCUGGACAACAGUCCCCUGGACAGCUCCAGAGACACAGACUCAGGGACUCCCUUUACCUCUCCAUCCAACAAAGCUCCCAAGUCUGCGUCUGACACAGAGGACAGCGUCAGCCCUCCCAAGCAGCUUUUUGCGGAGAGCUCCCCAGCACCCAGCGCAGCAGCAGCAGCAGGAGCAGCAGCAGGAGCAGCAUCACCAUCAGCAUCAGCUGCUACAGACCAGGGCAUGUCCAUCCCCGUCAUUGGCUCACAGCCUGCGGUUAAAGCGAGGCCUUCUUCCCCACCAGCCAGCAGCUCCGUCACCAACGUGCCGAGCGGCGACGUGCAGUCCAACGCCGCCAGCAGCCCCACAGAGGAGCCCAACAACGGCCUGGAGGACUCGGUCAACGGAGCUCCUGCCAAGAGACCACACUCGCCUACACAAGAGGACCUGGCCAAGAGGCACAAAGACACAGAGGUGGUGUCCAAUGAUGACUCUGCAUUUAAAGAGCCGUAUCCACCAUCUGAUUCCUGCACACAAGGAGAAGUACCCAAUGCGACCCCUCUUUCUGGAUCAAAGGCUAAGCCCAUUCCAACCAUCGAUACCUCAAGAACACAGAGACUUCCCAGCAUGGAGCUGCCAGACGCCUCCUCGCCUCUCCCCGCCAGCAACAGUUGUCGCGUCGUGAAAAAUUCCAUUAAACUGGCCCUCAACCGCCACAACAUCACACCUCCCAAGCCCCCCGUGUUUGAGGGCACCCUCACCCCCGACGCUCCUCCUGCCAGCGAAGAAAAGGGCAUGUCCAUUCCUGUAAUUGGCUCAAAACACGUGGCGUCCAAACACGCGGUGCCCCCCGUCGGCAGCUCCAUCCCCACAUUAGUGAGCCGAGGAGCCGACCCGCUGAACGGAGCGACGGCCAAGAGAUCCCACUCCCCCUCGCUGGAGGAGCAGGCCAAGAGGCUGAAAGAAACAGAAAAGGCCAGAAUCCACAUAGCUUGAACACACAACUGUAGACUGGAUUUAUAUAUACACACACACACAGAGAGUUGGGGCUUUACAGUUGAGUCAAACAGCGAGAAGAUGACUUCACACAGUGUGUUCAGGUCGGUCAAUCUCAAGUGUGAAGCAGCAGGACGGACGCUUCACCUCAAAUCUUUCAGAGAUUACAGAUUUGCCAGUGGAUAGGUGAUUUUGUCAAACCAGAUGUUGUGUCGCUCACAGCCAGAGGGCAUUUAACACAACCGUCACGGAGAUAUCCGACAUGAGAACUAAAGCGACCGUUUUUUUUACUCGUCUUCAUCCCUCAGCGUUUAAAAAAUGUACACAGUUCAGAUGGAAACGGAGCUGUUCUUUUCGUUUCCCCCUUUUUUUUCCCUUCCGGUUAACGUUUUAAAAACAGCCCCAGAACAUUUAUCGACGCUUGCUACACACACUUCUAGUGUAUGCUGAUUUAUUUUCUUUUCAUUUCUCCCAAACAGAAACCUGUACAGUAAAUGUUGAUGUACAUAACUUUUUUGUCUUAAAAAAAAAAAGAGCAAAAGAUCUCUGUAAGUCUUUUGACCAUUCUAUUGUAGUUUUAUCUAAAAAGGAAAAAAAAAAGUUUAAAAAAAUUGUAAUUUUUUUUGUUUUUCUCUAUUGCUUGUCCAAAAAAAAAAAAAAUGUCUCCAGCCCUGGAUAUUUUUUUGUAAAAACACUGUAUAGGUUUGGAUACAGUUGCAGGGAGGCUUUAUUGAGGGUUUGCUUGGAUAUCACAACCACGACUCUUUGGACCACCACGAGAGGACUCCAGGUUGGUAUUGGACUUGCGGUGUGUGUAGGUGAUCGUAGACGCCCGGUGACAUCAGCGCUUCUCAGGUGCCGGUAAGAGCGAGAAAAUCCUUACUAUGACAACAGCAUUUUUCUGGAAGUGCUUAAAUUGAUCUGAAGCUUUUUCAGUUAUUGUUCAGCUUUCAGAGGGAUUAGUGCAGAAAUUAGUAAGAAGAACCAUAUCAACAACGCCCCGCUAAUCCUUCUGUUCAGUGUAGCUUCAGUGUCAAAAGUGUCCCGCCUGUUGUAUGUGUUGGAUUAAAAGAAAAGGUUGACGAGUUUUUCUGCUUACUUUGCCUGGUGUGUUAAAGAUGUCAGAUUAGGUGUGGUUGACGCAAAAAGUGCUGGACGGUUUAAAGAAAGUGUUUCAGUUUUUGUGUACGUCCCUGUGAUUGUCUUGACACCUAAAAUCUAAAACCAGGAGGGCCAAACAACAAAAUUGUUCAGGAUACCGCUUGACCCCUCCACCCGACCCCCACCAGAUCAGUUUGCUAGCAGAUGAAGCGAAGUCCUGAAAGAGUUUGUGGUGAAAAAAAGCUUUUGAGUUGUGUGUGUGAAUGCAUGCGUAUGUGGUUGUGUGUGUGUGUGAGUAUGCAUGCAUAGAUGGUCAUUUGUUGGAGAGAGAUGGGAUUCCCUUCGUUGUGGGUGUUAACCCUCUGCGCCUCCUGUGGAGGUUCUUAAAAAGGCAUCUCCUGAGGCUACGGGUGGGGAGGUCAGGGGGUCAGGAGACAAUUUAUCUUCCUGCCUUAGGCCCCGACCUUCAUCUUUAAGGUCUGAAACUUGGUGACUGUUUGAUUUCAGAAGAUAUAUGUAUACAGUAAAGUGAUGCUGAUGAGGCGCCCUCUUCUUCAGAGCAGGUAGAGAGACACAGGGAGCGAUUUUCCAGCAUCCGUUUCCCCAAAAUGUACAGAGAACAGUUUUUUGUUUUUUUUCAAAAAGGCAUAUUCUUCAUUAUCGGGGGUUUUCUUAUCACUUUAUUUAUAUUUGCAUAUUUGUACCAUGUGAUUCUUUUUUUUUUUUUCUUUUUUUUUUUUUUUUUAAUAGCAUUCAUAGCAGGUAGGUCUCUUUUUAAUGAAAUCUGCACCACUCUGUUUCAGACGACUCAUGUUUUGCUGUUCGGAAACAUUUAACAAAACAAGUCAUUUAGAUGUUUGUUUCUAAAAUGUAUUGAAAGGGUAUUUUUGUAUGUGUUUAUCACUUCCUUUAAAUGAAUCCGUACACCCAUUAAACCCCUAAAAACUA